CGGCGCGUUGCCGCGGUGACGGAGGGGACGCUCGGCCCCGCCCCUCCCGUGCUGCCCGAUGACGCACCGCGCUGCGGCGUGGGGAUUCCGCCGGAUUACCCGGCGUGCCCCGCGGCAACAUGGCGGCCUGAAGUGAGAGCGUGGGGCCGGGCCGAGCGGGGGCAAAGUUUGGGGCGGGCCCGAGGCGAGGUCGAACCGGGGCCGAACCGGUCGCAAAGUCACGGGAAUCCCGGGUGGAAACGAGCCCGACCGGAUUCAGAGAAAGAAAUGGGAAAAGUGUCAACUUAAGAAGAAGCAAUGAAUCUCUGUUGAAGCAUUAGAUAGCAGGAGCCGUUGGCCAGAUGCUGCUGGAUGCUGACAGGGGAAAGCUGAUUCGGAGACAAGCAGUCAGAAAUGUUUGGACACGUCGUCAUUUUGGAUCUGACAUCUGAGUGAGUGUCACUGCUUCAUGAGCCUUUGAAUUUGAGCCCAGGCUGGUAACCCGCUGUUGGAGCCACGCAGGUGGGAGGAUGUCGAGCACGGCUCCAACAAAGAAGCCUUACCGCAAGGCACCCCCGCAGCAUCGUGAGAUCCGUCAUGAGGUUCCCAUCAUUCGUGACGACCAGGAUGGAGUGAUCUUGGCUGAGCAGAGUCAGGAACCCUUGACGGAUGCAGAAAGGAUGAAGCUGCUGCAACAUGAGAAUGAAGAGCUGCGCCGACGGCUGAUGUAUGUGACUAACAAAAUGGAAGCAAUGGAGAGGGAGCUGGAGUCAGGUCAAGACUACCUGGAGAUGGAGCUGGGUCAGAACCGGGAGGAGCUGGAGAAAUUCAAGGACAAAUUCCGUAGGUUACAGAAUAGCUACACUGCUUCCCAGAGAACCAAUCAAGACCUGGAAGAGAAGCUGCAUGCCCUGAUUAAAAAGGCAGAGAUGGACCGCAAGACGUUGGACUGGGAGAUUGUGGAGCUCACUAAUAAAUUGCUUGAUGCCAAAACAACUAUCAAUAAGCUGGAGGAACUUAAUGAACGCUAUCGACAGGACUGUAACCUUGCGGUACAGCUGCUCAAGUGUAACAAGUCCCACUUCAGGAACCACAAAUUUGCUGAUCUUCCCUAUGAGCUGCAGGAUAUGGUCAAUAAGCAUCUGCACAGCACUCAGGAGUCUGCAGGCCCUGGUCAAGAGGCAACCCACACCUUGGCACCAUCUGAUGUUGUGCCCACCUCAGUCAUUGCCAGGGUUUUGGAGAAGCCAGAAUCUCUGGUGCUGAAUUCAGCCAAGUCUAGCAGUGGCACCUGUCCUGUGGCUGAGGAUGUCUUUGUGCAUGUGGACAUGAGUGGAGCCCCUCCUGAUGCCUGCAGCAGUUCAGGGCAGAUGAAGAAGGAGGGAGGGGAAGUUGGGAAGCAGCAGAACGGUGGCUGCAAGCCACAGGGUAGUGUGGAUAGCGUGCCAGAGGAUGUGCCAGCCUUUGAGAAGCUAAGCCCAUACCCUACACCUUCACCUCCCCAUCCUAUGUACCCUGGGCGGAAAGUAAUUGAGUUCUCCGAGGACAAGGUAAGGAUCCCAAAGAACAGUCCCCUGCCCAACUGUACAUAUGCUACACGCCAGGCCAUCUCCCUCAGCCUGGUACAGAGUGAAGAUGAGAGCUGCGACAGGCACCGAACGCUUCCCAACAGCCCUGCUUCAGAAGGACGCCGCUCAGCCUCCAGCUGUUCCUGUCAGCAGUCCCCCAAAGCAGCCAGGGCUCAUGGCUCUUCCCAGAGCAGCCCCUUCAGCAGCCCUCCCCAGAUCCCGAGCGCCUUCGCUAGCUCUGCCAGCUCCGAGGAGGACCUGCUGGCUAACUGGCAGCGUAUGUUUGUUGACAAGGCACCCCCCACCUCAGAGCAGGUGCUGAUGAACCGUACGGCCUUCAGCCGCGACACAGCCCCUGAGCUCCAGAAAAGGUUCAGCCGUUCCAUGCAGGAGCUGGAUAGGGCAGCCUCUGCCUACUCAGAUGGCGAGGAGUCUGCUCAGAGCUGCAGCUGGACCGUGAGCCGGGACUCAAGCGUGGACACAGACAGCACUGAAUCCAGAGCCCGCAGGAGCCAUUUCUCCUCUGACUAUGGUACAGAUUUCUCCCAGGAUGAAGCUCAGAAGCUGUUGCAGGGAAGUGGUGGAGGCACUGCUGAACCUGGAAGUCCACCCCCAGAAAAGCACAAGGAUUAUGUAGACCUUGGCUUGCCUGAGAGCCCAGCUGAUGAGAGAGAAUUGUUGCUCCAGGGAAGCAAGGAGAGUAACCAAGGAGGAGCUCAAGAGGAAAGUGGGGAAGGCAGGGUCAAGCCUCCCUUCAGUCGGCCACACCGCAGCCCCAAGAGAAUGGGGGUCCACCAUCUGCAUCGCAAGGACAGUCUGACGCAGGCCCAGGAGCAAGGCAACCUUCUCAGCUGAGGCAGGGGAAGCAGCAGCCACUUGCUGUGGAGCUGUGGGAUGCCUCCACCUGUCUUCUGAGGGAGAAACCUCUCUCAGUCCCCUCCACCCUAGGAGGAGCUCUGGGCUCUGCUCUUAAAUGUUAUAUUUAUUCUCUUGCUACCUGGAAGAGCUGGGGUUCCCAUUCCCUGGCACCUCAGACCUGCAGUACUAGCACACGUUGUGCAGAAGCACACCCACUGCCCUGGCACACUCACAGCUCUCUUCACAGCCUCACACUGGUGCCUGUACCAGACCUUGUUCUUGGUACCCACAACCUGGUGCCUCUCCUCUCUACGCUCCCAUCCUCCCUUUCCCCUUCCCACUCAGGUACCUGAGGCCCUGGCUGCUCCCAUACUGGUGCCUGCAGCUGCUCUGCUCCCUUUUAACUUGUGCCAACAGGGCAGGGUGCCUGCAUGGUGGUGUCUGAUUCCCUGGGAGCCCCAAGGGGCCAUGAGGACUCUCCCAGGGGAUGGAUCUGGGCCCUGGGGUGUAUGCUGAGGAUGCUGGUUUCUUAGUUUCCCUGUCGGGUUUUUUCCCUAGUCCCCUGGGUUGUGUUCUUCAGAAUUUGCCCCUGUAGCUCCCUAUUGCUCAGCUCAGCACCUGGCCUGCACUGAAUCGAGAUGCAGGCCUGGGCUGUGCUGUGACAUUCAGCUGAGAGGCCUUGGGGGGAUAGGGGGGGUCAGUCCCUUCCCAGGCAGGGACAUAGCCCUCUGGGCCAUGUGGUUUGUUUGUGCGUCUCCUCCCUCACACCUCUUCCCCCGCUCUCUGUGCUGUUGUUUUGUUUGAAUGGUGCUGACUCCUUGCUCUUGGGUGGGCUUCUUUCUUCUUUCCAAGCCUUUGGUUUUGGGGUGUAUUGGUUUUUUGUUUUUUGUUUUUCUUUUGUUUUUGUUUUCCCCCUCCCUGCAUAAACAGACACAGUGGUUGGCAGCCAGUCUGUUGCCUGAGUUAAGGGUGUGUUAGGAGUGGCUCAGCCCUGAGCUGCGCUUCCCUCUGAUCCUGGCCUUCAGCCUGCAGAAAUCCCUCCAAAUUUGGGAACAAGAUCUUGCCCCCGGGGGAGUGAAGCGUGAAGGAUGCUACUAGGAUUUUCUGGGCAGGGCUUUGUGUACCGUGGCCUGUGGGGAUGUGAGGGAGUUGCUCCCUCUGGCUGCACUACCUCACGCCUCAGUAGCACCAGUCUGCCAGAGUCUCUUUGUGCCCCCCUUUGGGGGCUCCAGGCUGGCUCUGGUGCUUCUACUCCUGAGUAGGGCCUCUCUGUGUGUUUUUCCUAGUGUAGUGUGUAUUACGUGAUUCUUCUUCAUGGUCUUGUGUGCUCAGUGUCUUAUUGGGGGGAGGGAAAGGGAGAGGUCUGUAGAUGUAGGUAUUUUUUUGAAGGCUAACAAAGCCUGGUGUCCAAUUUUUAAUCUUGUCCUGUGCCCUCGUCCAUGUUUCAUCCCUAGCCCAGGGGUGUGAGGCAAAGGGCUGGCCUGCUUCUUGGGCUGUGCUGUCCCCACACCAGCUGGCUGUCCUUAGCCUGCUGUCUUUUUUUUGAGUUGCAUUUGUGUUGUCUUCCUGCCCUACUCCAUUAGUUCUUUGCUGGCUGGCUGUGUUGGAGGAGAGCAGCCCACUGCCCAGGAGGGAGCUGACAGCAAGAGAUGGAGCUGACAGCAAGAGAUGCAGCCGACAGCUGCCCCAGGGUCCUGCUCCCCUCCCAGACCCC